CGUCGGAAAUCCAGCUUUCAUAAAACUAGUAGUCAUGUUCAAGUUCGUCCGUAUUAUCUUUGCUUACGACUCCUUAGAAAGAGAAGGAAAGAGAGAGAGAUUCUUUUACAAUGCAGCAACAGAGGACAGUACGUGUUGGAAAUGUAUCAGAUCUAGCUACCGAGAGGGAAAUCCGAGAGUUCUUCUCCUUCUCCGGCGCCAUUGAACACAUUGAGAUUCGACGGGAGCAAGAUGAAUCUAGGACUGCUUAUGUUACCUUUAAAGAUACGAAAGCUAUUGAAAUCGCUCUUUUGUUAUCGGGAGCAACAAUAGUGGACCAGAUAGUGACCAUAACUCUGGCAGAGAACUAUGUCCCAAAAUCUGAAGUUCAGGAGUUUAGGAUAGUUGUUGACGACGAUAUAAGCACCUCGGGGGGGAAUAACUCACUGUUUGCUGAGGACAAAUUUACUUCAUCUAGCCAGGCCAGGGUAAAUGGCAGGGUAUAUGUAAGUAAAGCACAAGAUGUUGUCUCCAGUGUGCUGGCAAAAGGAUCAGCUAUAGGACAAGAUGCUAUGACUAAAGCCAAGGCAUUUGAUGAAAAGCAUCGGUUAACCGCCACUGCUUCUGCUAAAGUCAGUUCAUUUGAUCAAAGAGUUGGGUUGUCUGAGAAACUGACAGUAGGAAUUUCUGUGGUGAAUCAGAAAGUCAAAUCUGUGGAUGAAAAGCUUCAAGUUUCUGAUAAAACGAUGGCUGCACUUUUUGCAGCUGAACGUAAAAUAAAUGAUACUGGAUCAGCAGUAAAAUCAAGCAGGUAUGUAACUGCUGGAGCUGCAUGGCUGAAUGGUGCUUUUAGUAGGGUAGCGAAGGCGGGCCAGGCGGCUAGUACUAAAACUCGAGAAAAGUGGAAUUCGACAUUCUCAAAUAUGACGGAAAAGGAUUCGCCUAUGGUUGUAUAGACUCAAAUUACAUCAACAUUGCCAAGUUGGCAAAGGCGACUUUUUCUCAAUGCUCUGUUACCAACUACCAAGUGCUUGUUUUACUGAUGCGGGCGUCACCGACCUCUACACAUAUAUUCAAUUCUUUUUGCAGUGUGUAUUAUUCUUUUUCAUUUUUUUCCCUUCAAAUUUAUCGAUUUAUCAAAUUUCGCUUUAUAGGCCUUUGUAUGUUUGCAACUUGCAAGUAUGAUUGGGUUCUUGUAUCAUAGACUCGUCAAUUCAUGUAGGAUCCUGUUAAUCACGACCUUUACGACCAUGGUUAAAUAUUAAUGAUGGAUCGGAUGAGAUAACGUACUC